AUGGAAUAUCGACCAGUUAAUAAUGAAGAAAAUGAUACAUUUGAAGGUCAAGAUCAAACAUUAUCUCCAUAUAUGCAAUUUGAAACACAAGAUGAAAGUACCCAUGAAAAACAAUCAAAAUGGAGUCAUCAGAAAGAUCUUGACGAUUUUUUUGUACGAAUAUAUCAAUAUCACCAAAAACAUGGAUUUUUUUGUAUAGUUCUUUCAGAAAUUUUCGGCCUUAUACAAUUUAUAUUUAUCGUUUCAUUUACGACUCUUAUUGUUCAAUGUGUUGAUUAUCCACUACUAUUUCGUUCAACACCAUUUGCAAGAAAUAUAACAAAUAAAAUACAAAUAAAUCAAGUCAUUCAAUCACCUAAACAAUGUCUUCAUCAUAUGCAUUUAAUUACAUCCUUAUGUCUUAUACUUUCAAUCAUUUAUUGGCUUUAUCGCUUAUGUCGAGCACUAUAUAAUCUACUUUCCUAUUUCAAUAUUCGAGCGUUUUAUACUCAAGCGUUGGAUAUAAAACCGAACGAUCUACCAAAUAUGACAUGGCAUGAAGUACAACAGCGAUUAUUAAUCGCACAACGAACACAUCAUUUAUGUAUACAUAAAUCAACUUUAACAGAAUUAGAUAUUCAUAAUCGAUUAUUACGCUUUAAAAAUUAUGAAGUUGCACUAGUAAACAAAGCAAUUUUACCACCAAAAUUACAUUUACCUAUCAUUGGUGAUAUAAUUUCAUUUACAAGUGGUUUCAAAUUUAAUCUACGUUUAAUUCUUUUUUGGGGUCCAUAUUCACCAUUCGAUCAACGAUGGCAUCUUCGACAAGAAUAUAAAAUUCAUAGUCAACGUGAAGCAUUAGCUCGACAGUUAUCACGUUUUAUUCUUCUCUAUGGUGUUGCUAAUCUUCUUCUUUCACCAUUUAUAUUCAUUUGGCAAGUAUUAAAUCUAUUCUAUGGUUAUACUGAGCUUGUUCGACGUGAACCAGGUGUAUUAGGUAGCCGUCGUUGGAGUAAUUAUGGUCGACUUUAUUUACGUCAUUUUAAUGAACUUGAUCAUUCAUUAAAUCAACGUUUAAAUUGUGGUUAUAAACCAGCAAUGAGUUAUAUGUCAUCAUUUGUUAAUUAUAGUAUUGUUGAAAUAGCAAAAUUUGUUAGUUUUACAUCCGGUGCUAUAUUAGCUGUUUUAAUUAUAUUAACAAUUUAUGAUGAAGAUGUUCUUAAUGUUGAACAUAUGUUAACAUUAAUGACUAGUCUAGGAGUUGUACUUGGUAUUUGUCGAUCUUUAAUACCAGAUGAAAAUGCUGUAUUUGAUCCAGAACAAAUGUUACAACUUGUUCUUGCACAAGUUCAUUAUCAACCUGAUUCAUGGAAAGAUCAUGCACAUACAGAUUAUGUUCAAGCUGAAUUUGGACAAAUGUUUCAAUUAAAAUAUGUUUAUUUUCUUGAAGAACUUCUUAGUCCAUUCAUAACACCAAUUAUAUUAUGUUUUCAAUUACGUCGAAAAUCUUUACAAAUUAUCGAUUUUUUAAGAAAUUAUACUGUAGAUGUACAAGGUGUUGGAGAUGUUUGCAGUUUUGCACAAUUAGAUAUUGGCAAGCAUGGAAAUAUGAAAGUAAGAAAAAGAAACAAAACGAUGUAAUCUGAUUUAACAAAAAAUUUCUUU